AUGGAACCUACAAACAUGAACACAUGUUCAAUGCGUUCGAUAUUUUGGGCAAGAACGGCACCGAGGAAACAGGAUUAUGUUUUUGUAUUCACUCUUGAUCGACAGCGAGCCUUUGAACUAUUAAACGAACGCCUUAUUUCCACACCAAUUGUCACAUAUCCGAAUUUUAAUCAUCCAUUUAUGCUUCAAUUGGAUGCAUGUGGCUACGGAUUCGGUGCCGUUCUUGCUCAAAAUAUCGAACGCAUUGAACAUGUCAUAACAGGACCCUGCAGCCUUGUGAAAGAAAAUAUUCGACCAGCGGUCCUUGGCUUGGUUGAAAAAUAUAAAAGAUCCAACCAGCAGUCUAGCCAGAUGGGCCAUGAAACUUGA